UAAUAAGAUCUCAUUGAGCCUUAUCAUUAAUAAGUAAGAUAAAAGAUGGAUUCAAGAUUCAACGGUGCCGUUCCUUCCCUGAGGUUUGUCUCUCUAAUUCAUCAUUACAACACCUAGCACACUUUUUCACUUUGAUUUAGUUGUUUCAAAUAUACAUAAUACAAAUAUCAUAUAUAUAUAUGUAUACAUAUAUGCUAGACAAUGUAUGUCCAUGUCCACUAGUAAUCUAUGUAUAUCGGGAUGCAGGUAUAUUGAUGAAAAGAGUGACGAUGAAUAUGCAGUUGUGAAAGCUUUACAUAUGAGUGGUGGAGAUGGAGUCAACAGUUACUCCGCCAAUUCUCUUCCUCAGAAAAGAGUUUUACAAAUGGCCAAAGCAGUCUUGGUAAAAAACACCGAAGAAAUGAUGAUGAAUUUAAACUUUCCUAACUAUAUCAAAGUUGCUGAAUUGGGUUGUUCGUCGGGGCAAAACACGUUUUUGGCUAUGUCUGAGAUCAUCAACACCAUCAAUGUGUUGUGCCAACAAUCGAACCAAAACCCUCCAGAAAUCGAUUGUUGUCUGAAUGAUCUUCCGGAAAACGAUUUCAACACAACGUUCAAAUUUGUACCCUUCUUCAAAAAGGAGCUCAUGAUGACAAACCAAGCAUCGUGUUUCGUCAAUGGAACACCAGGUUCCUUCUACUCUAGGCUCUUCUCUCGCAAUAGCCUCCAUUUUGUACAUUCAUCUUACGCUCUCCAUUGGCUCUCCAAGGUUCCAGAAAAACUCGAGAAUGAUACGGAAAAUGUGUACAUAUCAAACUCAAGUUCUCAAAGUACUUACAAAGCUUACUUGAAUCAGUUCCAACGAGAUUUCACAAUGUUUCUAACGUUACGUUCUGAGGAAAUGGUCUCUAACGGACGAAUGGUUCUUACCUUCAACGGUAGAAACACUAUUAACAGUGAUCCAUUGUAUAGAGAUUGUUGUCACUUUUGGACACUGCUAUCAAACUCUCUCUGUGACCUAGUCUCCGAGGGCCUAGUGAGUGAAUCAAAACUGGGUGCAUUCAACGUGCCGUUUUAUGAUCCGAAUGAACAAGAACUCAAGGAAGUGAUACAAAACCAAGGCUCUUUCAAAAUCAAUGACUUAGAGACACAUGGAUUCGAUCGUGCCCAUAGUAAACGCGACAACGGAGAAGAUAACUAUGACGCAAGAUACAAUAGAGCCAAAUCUGUAAGAGCCAUUGCUGAACCAAUGCUCAUUGCUCAUUUUGGAGAAGAUAUUAUCGAUACCUUGUUUGAUAAAUAUGCUCGCCAUGUGACACAACACGCGAACUGCAGAAACAGAACGAGUGUCACUCUUGUCCUCGCGUUGACUAAGAAAUAAUCAGCAUUGGCUUGAAUAUAAUUGCUUGUAUAUUUACUUAUUAUUUCACGUUCCGUUAAUAAAUUCUAAGACAUGCCCAUGCCCCUCAUGCGAUGAUGUGAUGCUUCUCCUGGAAAGUAUAUUCUGAUUGUAAUAUGUUACUAGAGCUUGAUUGCGGACAUUCGUUUUUACUUUAUACUCCCUAUCUAUGUAUCACAAUAAGUGGAUUUUAAGGUUGUUGCACAUCGAUUGAUGAAUUAUAAAAUUUUAUUCAAUCUUUCUCGUGUGUAUAAAAAGAGUAAUAAAUACAGAUAAUUCAACAAAAAAAAAUCAUACUGCAGAAUACAAAUAGUCAAAACAUAAAAUUGUAUU